AUGCAAACAGGUAUGCCAUCAUCUUGCAACAACGCCAACAACCAGCGGAUGUCCUCAAACUCCAUUGCAGUGGUUGGAGGGUUGAUGGAUGAUGAGCGUCCAGGGACGUGCCAAAUGUCAAAUGGGAAAAACUGCACCAAACCAACGUACUCCGUCCUUACCAACAACAAUCCUUAUUGCCAGUCCAGACCAUCAUUCUUUUUCUAUCCCUUGCGAACCCUGUCAUCCAUACUAGCCACUCUGCUUUUUCCAAUGUCCGCUACUAGACUACUAUGGCCAUACCGCUCACGAAAGAGCGUUCGUUUUCAAAUAAUGUCUGACCUUCACCUUGAAGUUGGUCAGCAGUAUUCGGAUUUCCAUAUCAUACCGCGCGCGACUCGUCUGAUUCUGGCCGGCGAUAUUGGUCGGCUGGCUGACUAUGAGGCCUUUCGCAACUUCCUACGCAUCCAGUGCAAACAGUUUGUGGAAGUCUACCUUGUUCUUGGAAACCAUGAAUUCUUCGGUGUCUCGCGUCAAGAAGGCUUGCGUCUGGCGGAUAUGCUUCAACAGGAGCCGGAACUUAAGGAUAAGUUGAUUAUAAUGAAUCGGACGCGGGUAGAUCUGCAAGAUAUUACACUGCUAGGUUGCACUCUGCACUCACAAAUACCACCUGAAGCUGAGGAGAUUGUACGAUACAAGAUUAAUGACUUCAGACGUAUUGCGGACUGGACUGUUGCCGACCACAAUGCUGAGCAUGCCAGGGAUGUGAAGUGGUUGGCAGAUGAGAUUACUUCAAUUAGAAAAACGGAAUCUGGAUUGAAGCGAAAGAUUGUUGUGAUCUCUCAUCACGCGCCCUCAACCAAAGGGACCUCCAAAUCCUCAGACGAGUGUAAUCCAUGGAACUCAGCCUUUGCAACAUGUCUCCUUGGGAGGAAGGAGAUAUCGUGUCUCGACGAUGUCCAGUGGUGGAUUUUUGGUCAUACGCACAACUCUACGGAAUUAAUUUGUGGGCAAGUGAAGCUUGUUAGCAAUCAACGGGGCUACGUGCUUCCAAAUAAGGAGAAGAAUGGGUCUCAGAUCUCAGGGAGCUUUCCACCGACAGUCCUAAACCUUUGGGGUUAUGGCAGGCAGAAGCAAAACGUAUUCAAUGCUUGGAAGACUAUUGAGGUUUGA